AUGCUAGUAUACACAGGGCCGUCCUUAGGGGGGUGCAACUGGUGCGGUCGCACCGGGCCCCGCGCUUGAGGGGGCCCCGCGGCGAACAUUAGCUUCAUCCACGGUUCAUCGAGAACUGAUCGGACUGAUUCAGGUAAUUUCGUGACCGAAUCGUUUGGGAAUUGUUCAAGCGAUUCAUUGAAAUGAUCCGACUCAUUUGAACGAUUUGUUCACGAACCAGACAUCGCUACAUCUCGAACGGGGCUUAACAUACGGAUCCCUUUCGAGAGGUCAUGACUCGUCUGUUCGCAAAUGUUGCAGUUCAGUAAGGGUCCAGAGUGAACCAAACAAUCUCGCUACAUAUUUUCGUUGUAAGCGUUUUCGUGAAAAAAAGAUCUUUGAUUUAGGAUUUUGUUGGAGCGCUUGGCAUAUUUCACCAUGGCACCACAUCCUGUGGUUCAGGCAAUAAUAGACCUCUCUGCAGGGGCUAUAGGGGGCACAGCUUGUGUACUUAGUGGUCAACCUUUGGACACGGCUAAGGUGAAAAUGCAGACAUUCCCCACUUUAUACAGAGGCUUUGUGCACUGCUUUGUGUCUACAUACAGACAGGUGGGCCUUCGAGGGCUGUAUCAAGGUACCACACCGGCCCUCAUGGCCAACAUUGCGGAGAACUCUGUGCUCUUCAUGUGCUAUGGCUUUUGCCAAGAGGUGGUUUGCUUCAUCUCUAGUCAGGAGAAAGGGGCUGUGCUCAGUGACAUGCAGAAAGCGUGCGCAGGCUCCGUGGCCUCAGUUUUCUCCUCUCUGGUCUUAUGUCCCACUGAGCUGGUGAAGUGCCGACUGCAGGCUAUGCAUGAGAUGGCCACAUCUGGCAAGAUCGCCCACAGUCAGAACACAGUUUGGUCGGUGAUCAAGUCCAUUAUGCAUAAUGAUGGUCCUGCAGGGUUCUUCCAGGGUUUAACCACUACAAUUGCCCGUGAGGUGCCUGGAUAUUUCUGUUUCUUUGGAGCAUAUGAGCUCUGUCGCUCUCUCUUUGCUGAGUACAUGCACUGUGGCAAGGAUGACGUAGGUGUAGCCCCUAUUGUGUUCAGUGGUGGUUUGGGGGGAGCUUGUCUCUGGCUUGUGGUUUACCCCAUGGACUGUGCUAAAUCUAGGAUACAGGUCAUGUCAAUGACAGGCAAGCAGUCAGGCUUCUUCAAGACUUUCAUGCAUAUCUUCAGAACAGAAGGUGUAAGGGCUCUAUAUUCUGGUCUGACUCCCACAAUGAUCCGCACAUUUCCGGCCAACGGUGCUCUGUUCUUAGGUUAUGAAGCCAGCCGCAAAUUCAUGAUGGCACAGUUUGACAGCUAACCCCGUAACAGCACGUGUUAUUUUCUCCAGUUGGUUUUUUAGCAUUUUUAAACAAACUACUUCUAAUUCACCAUGGCCAUUCUAUAGUAUUUCAUUCUACAUGCUAUGGUUUGCACACACUAAUGAACAUUUUUAUAAUGAUGCUUUGUUUUAUUUAUACACGUUAACACUUUACAGUAAGGUUAUACUUGUUUAGUUAAUGCAUUAGGUAUUGUGAACUAUCAGUGAACAAUGGUUCUUAAAGCAUUUAUUAAU